AUGGCUGAAUCAUUGCCCCUUGAAACUCUUCAGCAUAUAUUUUCAUACCUGCUAGAUCAUCUGACACCCUGUGCUUGUGUCUGCAAGCAAUGGCAGGUUGCUGCCGAGAAAUUCAACUUCGCCGAUUUGCGAAUCAAUUUGGCGGACCUCGAGGACUUCCGUCAGAUUUUUCUUUCUUCCCACUCCCGUCAUCGAUGGUUCUAUGUCAAAAGCCUAAAUUACAAGAUUGUUAUCCCUGAAUAUAGUGUCGCCGACCGGGGCCACUAUGAAAAUCAAGAUGAUUGCGACCGCAAUAACAAGGUCUUCACACAAGCCAUGCUAUCUCUCUUUGAAAUUCUGAGCUUAUUGCCCAGUCAUGAUCGAAAAGCAAUCUCAUUAAAGAUCUAUGCCAGGUCCCCAAGUGACUGGCAGGGGGAGCCAGACUGGGAUACACGACGUGCCCGGCAACAACGAGGCUAUGCUUUCCCAGAGGAAGAGCUGCUAGACCGAAGAUACCAAGAUUCCUAUCUACGACUGACGGGAAAUGUAUCUUUAUCUAAUGUCUAUUGCGUUACUUCAUUCCAAGUGAUUGGCUGUGAUAGUUUCCGCAAUGUUGCACCAGAAACUUUGUCCGAGAUGGUAGCCCAUCUUCCACAACUGCAGAAUCUCCAUGCCAGCCUACGUAAACAAUACAGUAUGAACGCUGCAAGUUGUGAAAUUUUUGAAAGGGAUUUCUCUACUACCAUGUGGCCUCUCUCCCUGAAACAUUUACAACUGAGUUACAUGCCCAAUCGAGUCUACAGAGAGGUGUGCUCCUUGUUAUCAAACCAAGGUCCUGAUUCUGUGUGCCUUGCUAUGCACCAACUGACUCAGCAGUUGGAAACUGUUCACUUGUCAGAAAUCAUGAUCAGCUCUGAAUUGUUCUGGCCGGCAGAUGCUAGCACCACUCCACCAUUCUGGCCAAAGCUUAUCAAAUUUAACAUAAGCUGUGCAUAUGCUUCCACCUAUGCUACUAGUCCCGUCAGUGUAACUCCAAGAUUGGACGAAGAUUCCUCUUCGGUGUCAUCGGAUGACUCAGUCAGAUCACUUGAUGAUCAAAAUCAAAAUCAAAAAGGGUGUGUAUUCCACAAACUGCUUAUCAAACGAUUAGAUGAGCUGUAUAUCGCUGCUGGGCGCGCUGCUCAGCACAUGCCACGGCUUAAUUCCAUGGCCAUCGAUGUUGGCACAGCUCGAGUGCCGAAGUCCCUGUAUUUAUUCACAUACAGCGCAAGUUUAGGUGUUGCUACAUGGGAGACCCCCAAUGAGUUCUGCGUAUCGAAUGAAGUGCAAACCGCAUGGGAUGCUGCGGCAAAGGGACAUGGACAUGGCCAGAUAUGUACAGAGGUUCGUUCAUAUUCAUCGACAUGA